AUACCAAGAUGGGGAGGUGCCACCCCCCCUAACCCGGCCCCCAUCAGCCUUGUCCCUAAGUGUGUCCCACUGCACGCUCAGUGCCGUGCCCAAAAGAACCCCCAGAUCACCACAGUGGCAGCUGAGCUCCCUGGGGGUCCCGGCCCCGUGGGGUCUCAGCCCUCCACGCGUUCUCUCUUGCAGUCUGAGUACCACUACGAGUACACAGCGUGCGACAGCGCGGGCGCACGGUGGAGGGUGGCGGUGCCGCACACACCGGGACUCUGCACCGGGCUGCCGGACCCCGUCAAGGGCACCGAGUGCUCUUUUUCCUGCAAGGCGGGCGAGUUCCUCGACAUGAAGGCGCAGGCUUGCAAGCCCUGUGCCGAGGGCACCUACUCACUGGGCACCGGAGUGCGCUUCGAUGAGUGGGACGAGCUGCCCCACGGCUUCGCCAACGUCGCCGCCAACCUGGAGCUGGACGAUGGCUUCGGCGACGUGGUGGAGAACUGCACCACGUCGACGUGGGUGCCGCUGGGGGACUACAUUGCCUCCAACACAGACGAGUGCACGGCCACGCUGAUGUACGCCGUCAGCCUGAAGCAGUCGGGCACCGUCUCCUUUGAGUACAUCUACCCCGACAGCAGCAUCGUCUUUGAGUUCUUUGUGCAGAACGACCAGUGCCAGCCCACGGUGGAGGAGUCGCGCUGGAUGCGCACCACGGAGAAGGGCUGGGAGUUCCACAGCGUGAGCACAGGGAUGGGGUGGCACAGGGUGGGGGGGUCCUUGGGGACACCUUCAGGAUCCCACGCCACAUGGGUGACAGCCGUCCCUGACCGUCCAACGUGGGUGACACCCUCCAGCCCUCUGCACGUCCCGGUGGGUGACAACACCUGGCUGGGUGGCACGAUGGGACCCCAUUGGGUGACAGCAGUCCCCCACUCUGGGCAGAUCCGCUCCCUCUGCUACAGUGACUGCACCUUCUCACUGGCGCUGCCCGGCCGCACGCUGCACUACGACUUCUCAGCGCUGUCUGCCAGCACCGCCUUCACCAGCGGCCCCAGCUUCACCUCCAAAGGCCUCAAAUACUUCCAUCACUUCAACAUCAGCCUCUGCGGCAACCACGUGAGUGGGGGGGCACGGAGCAGGGGGCGAUGCGCUUGGCACUUUGGGGACAGCCACCCCUCUACCCGCGUGUCCCCCCACAGCAAAUGCCCCGAGGGCACCUGUGAUGGCUGCACUUUCCACCUCCUGUGGACGACGGCCGAGGGCUGCCCACGCUGCUCCGCCAACCACUUCCGCGCCAUCGUGGGCGCGUGCCAGGGCGGCGUGCAGAGGACCAUGUACGUGUGGCGGGAGCCGCGGCUGUGCCACGGGGGGCAACGUCUCCCCCCCCGGGUCCGCCCGUGCCGCAGCGCUGAGUUCUGGCUGAAGGUGGGCGUCUCGGUGGGGACGUGCGUGGCCGUGCUGCUGGCUGCUCUAGCUGCCUACUUCUGGAAGAAGAACCAAAAGUUGGAGUACAAGUACUCACGGCUGGUGCUGAACGCGGCGGCCAAGGAGAGCGAGCUGCCUGCACCGGAUAGUUGUGCCAUCAUGGAGGGAGAGGAUGGUGAGGAUGAGCUCAUCUUCACCAGCAAGAAGUCCCUGCUGGGCAAGAUCCGCUGCCUGGCCACCAAGCGCACCCCAGAUGGCUUUGACUCCGUCCCCCUGAAGCCAUCGUCUGGUGGCACCGACCUGGAGCUGUGAGGGGGCCGUCCCACCCCCCACCCGUGGCCUUACGGACCCACAGAGCCCCCGGGGGCACUUUUGCUCCCCCACCCCUGGGAAAAGCCAAAAAAUACCAAAUACAGACGUGGGGAUCAGGAGCACCCCCAGCCCGGCACGGGGACGUGGGGGGGCAGCCCUAUGUGUCACGUUGGGGACACAUGUGGGGCAGAAGUGUGCAUGGGGGGGUUGCACGAGUGUGCACACAUGUGCAAGCUGCUGGCCCCCCAUGCUCUGCAUGGAGCACGGCAGGGAAUACAUGGUGGCCACGUCACACCUUGUCACUGUCCCCCCAUGCCGUGUCACCCCGUGCCACGCCAGCUGUGCCACAGCCCCAUGCCAGCCCCACUCCCCCCUAGGCUGCCUUUCCCCCUGCCAGGAUGCACCCCUGAGGUGAUGCUGCCCCACAGUGGGUCCCCCUGCGGCUGUCCCCACAGCAGUGCCCC